CUCUCACACACACAUCUCUCAUCUUAAACUGGAUUCGUACAUUAUUCCCCUUCUCCUUAUUGCAAUCUUCCUCGUCAUGAGUCUGGAACAAAUUGGGCGACGUGCUGGGCGCAUGCUCGCCAACAAAAUGCGUGAGUACAUUCAUGAAAACCGUCCCGUACAACCUCCUAGGCAAUCUUUUCCUUCGCAGUCGGCUGAACACAAGGCUAAAGUGGCCGCACAAUACCCAGGCAACCAGUAUCCCGGCCACCAGACUGACCAAUUCCAAAAUCAAGCACCAUUUGCACAGCCUCGGUCAUCCAGGGAGACAGAAUACAUGGAUACUUGUGAUCUAGAAACACUCAAAGUGCCCGAUGCCUGUAAUAACACGAUUCCUGAUUUCUCAAGAGUUGGGUAUAGAGAGGGUCAUGUCAAGCUCCCUAUGGUUCCUGUUCAAAUGGUGGUCGAACCAUCCAUUGAUCCUUUCAUGGACGAUACUGACAGAAUCCAGUCUGCCAUAGAUUCCGUUGCAGCCUUGCCCUUGCAACGUAUUGGUGAGGAUGGAGCGCAAGUUAGAGGUGCAGUCCUGCUGAAAGCUGGCACAUAUCGUGUAGCAGGAGCAAUUGUCAUCAAUGCCUCGGGUAUUGUCCUUAGAGGCGAAGGUCAAGGUGAAGAUGGAACUAUCGUCAUUGCUACAGGCAAUAUCCAACGUGAUUUCAUUCUCGUAAAUGGAAUGCUGAGGUCCGAGAUGGGAUGUGUUGAGAAACAGCGUUGCAUGGCCAGGACAAGAGACAUGAUGCCAGUGAAUGGAUACAAAGGCUGUGGUAAGCCCGAAACAUAUUCUCGACAAGGCGUACUUGUUCCAUGUGGGGCAACAUAUAUCCCAGUCGUGAGUACCAAGGGAUAUUCCGUGGGCGAAUCUAUUGUUAUUGAGCGCCCUGGAUGUGAUCAAUGGAUCUGUGAUAUUGGCAUGGACAGACUACCAGCAAGGCCCAAUGGUCCCGGAUCAACACAAUGGACAGCGAAGUCUUUCACAUUCCGUUUCGAACGCAAGAUUGUGGCCAUUGACCAAGCAACAAGUACAUUUAUUAUUGACAUCCCGAUGGUAAUGUGCCUUGAUCCAAAGUAUCCCCCAGCGCGUAUUUAUGGUCUUGUCCACAAGUUUCCUACCAUAUCCGAUGUUGGCGUUGAAAAUAUGCGUUUGGUGAGCGAGUUCGAUUCGUGCAAUCCAGAGGAUGAAAGCCAUGGUUGGUAUGCUAUUGUGCUAGAUAGCACAAUUCAUGGCUGGGUUGCCGAUGUAACUACAAUGCAUUUCGUCAGCGGGAUCUAUGCAGCAGCUUGGUCUCGGUACAUUACCAUUCAGGAUUGUUCUGUGCUUCAUCCCGUAUCCAAACCUUCGGAAGGAGGCCGCCGUUACAUGUACAAUCUAAGUGGACAAAUGGGUCUUGUUAAGCGUUGCUUCACAAAUAAUGCUCGACACGAUUUCAUUACGCUAGGGCGAGUUUGCGGACCAAACGUGUUUGUAGAUUCAACAGGAGUGAAUGGCAACAACGAUACAGGGCCACAUGAACGUUUUGCUAUGGGAAUCUUAUAUGACAAUAUAACAUGCAAUACCUUGAACAUACGUCAACGAGGAUGGAUGGGUUCUGGUCAAGGGUGGGCAGGGGCUUUCCAUGUUGUGUAUAACUGCAAAGCGCUUCAGAAUAAGAACUGUUUCCAGGAUCCGCCUGGAGCAACCAAUUGGAUCAUUGGGUUUCAAGGGCAUGUAACUGACCAUGUCAUGUUUGAGGCGCCUCCAACACGACUCAUUUCCCAUAACCGUCCUGUCGAACCUCGUAGCCUUUACUGGGCUCAGUUGGUCGCGCGCAUGGGUGGUGAUGUCCAGCGUGUCAAGAAUGCUGUUGGAGUUGAGGGUCGACAAAGAUAUUCUCCACGCUUUUAAAUCAGUAUCGUUAGUUCUUGUAAUAUUAUUACAACUUUUUCUAUGGCACAUGUACGCAUCAUCAAUAAAAAUUACUAAUAAUGUCAUUAGAGACCACAUUAAAC